CCAUUUUUUCGCUCCCAUUCUUCGAAUCCUCCGUUCCAUGCCAGGCAUCCAAAACCGCUGCUAGGGCGGUGGGAUCGGAGGGAGGCGGUAGCCGGUCGAUGAGGCUCCAGAGCAGGAAUGAUCGUCGAUCGAUCGAGCCAGUCUUUGUUCAUCGUACUCUUCCAUAUAACGAUCAAGGAUCAAAGGAUAUCGUGACCAAGAAUUAGUUUCAGGAUGGUAGAGGAAGAAGAGUCUGAUUACAGCAAUAGGGGGUUGGGAUGACUGAAGAUGGAAAAUUUAUAGAAAGAGAGAAAUAUGACUUGGAGGUCGGGUGGCAGAGUUGCUUCAUUGAGCAAGGAUCAAUUCUGCAGGGUUCAUUCCUAUGAGGAUGAAAUGUCCUCCCACCUAGGAGGCUGCUAAUUUACCUUCAUCUCGCUAUGGGGCCGACAAUAAGGGACGCUUGGGGACUGGGUAUGAAGGUGCAGCAACUGAAGGUGGCAGAGGGCCAAGCAUUUGGGAUACCCUCAGUCAUAGGCACCCAGAGUUAAUAGCUGAUGGAAGCAAUGGGGAUGUAGCAGUUGACUCUUACCAUCUCUACAAGGAAGAUGUUAACAUCAUUAAGAGAAUGGGCAUGGAUGCAUACAGAUUUUCCAUCUCUUGGUCCAGGAUUUUACCAACUGGAAGCUUAAGUGGAGGAAUAAACAGGGAAGGAGUGGAUUAUUACAAUAACCUCAUCAAUGAGCUAAUAGCCAAUGGUUUGCAGCCAUUUGUGACACUCUUCCAUUGGGACUCUCCUCAAGCAUUGGAAGACAAAUAUGGGGGUUUCUUAAGCCAAUUAAUUGUUGAGGACUUCAGGGAUUUUGCGGAGGUUUGCUUUAGGGAGUUCGGGGACAGGGUGAAGUACUGGAUGACCUUCAACGAGCCAUGGACUUUCGCUUUGAUGGUGUACCCUGAUGGAGACAAAUUAGGCCAGUGUUUUCCUUGGGCAUCAGGGGAGUGCCAUGUUGCAGAUUUGGGUAGGGAUCCCUACACAAUUGCUCAUUAUCAGCUUCUGGCUCAUACAGCUGCCGUGGCUUUAUUCAGAGAAAAAUUCCAGGCUAUGCAGAAAGGCGAGAUAGGGAUAGCCAUAAACUCCCACUGGUUUCUACCCUACAAUGGAACAGAAUCUGACCAUGAAGCUGCUUCCAAGUCUCUUGACUUCAUGCUUGGAUGGCUUUUGGAUCCCUUAACUCAAGGGGAUUACCCUGCAAGCAUGAGGACUAAUGUAAAAGACAGGUUGCCAAAGUUCACUGAGAGAGAGUCCCAGAUGCUUAAAGGAUCAUUCGAUUUUGUUGGAAUCAACUACUACACCAGCCUCUAUGCCUACAGCAAUCACCCUUCCACUGAUGCGAACCCUAAUUUUUACAGUGAUCAACAUGCUAUUCAAACAGGGAAAAGAGCUGGAGUUCUCAUUGGACCGAAGGCUGCUUCAGAUUGGUUGUUCAUCUAUCCACCAGGAUUGAAACAGCUCUUACUCCAUGUAAAGACCAAAUACAACAAUCCAGUGGUGUAUAUUACUGAGAAUGGAGUUGAUGAAUUUAACAAUGAAACCCUAUCAUUGGAAGACGCAUUGAAGGAUGAUACAAGAACAAGCUACUUUGAACAACAUCUCUUUUAUCUUAAUCAAGCAAUCAGGGAGGGUGUGGAUGUGAGAGGAUACUUUGCAUGGUCUCUUUUGGAUAACUUCGAAUGGAGGUCAGGGUAUACACUCAGGUUUGGCAUAAACUUUGUGGACUACAAAAAUGGAUUGAAGAGGUACCCAAAGAAAUCUGCCAUUUGGUUCACCAAAUUUUUGAAGGGAUAAAUUCAAAAUCUUGAUUCUAUUCCUUUUUCUUUAUGAGAACAAAUUUGGGAAAUUACUAUUGCUCAUUAAGGAAUUGAACAUGGUGCAAUGCUGCUAUUUUGAGGUUGAUUUUGGAAGACCAAAAUAAUUAUGUUGUGCGAGUUCAAGUCUAUUUGGAUUAAUAUUGAGUAAAUUAAGG